CCGUCUGCCCUGUCCUCACUGUGCAGUCCCCGACAGAUCCCAGAGAGAGCAGAGGGUGCGUUAGAUUUUUGUCUCAGAGCACGAUGAGCGUUGUGAAGAGAGCCGUGCUGCUGACGCUGCUGCUGGCGGCGAUUGGCAGCUCCGCCGCGGCGGACCCCGAAGACUGCAACGGUCUGAACGUAACGCUGCAAACUAAAGACAUUCACAAGAUUUUCGGGGACUGGGUCCUGGUCUGGUCUGUCACUGACCACGACCAAGGCAACGCGCUGAUUCGAAACGUCACCAGCUCCCACGUCGAGUUAAGACUCCACGAUGACAACAAGACGGUCAUGGUCACAGUGAGGAACGUGCAAAUACACCAGGUGUGUUUCACCUACAUCAUCAACACGACAAUGCCCACUGACCCGCUGGACAGCACCAUGACCAGCUUUACUGGUGCCACGGAGAAGGACGGACUUCUUGAGGUGUACAACGACACAGAGACUGUGAAUUUCUUCGAGACCUGCCCCGACUGUCUGUUGAUGGUCUUCAAGGACAUCAACGGACGAUACCUGCUCAACUACAAGAGGGAGGGGCAUCACCAGGAUGUUGAGAAGCUGAAAGCAGACCACAGCGAUCACCACAAACUGGCCGCCUGUCUGGGAUUCCCCACCAACGCCAAGCCGUUCAUCUACGACGGAGCUGCAGAUUUCUGUCAUAAGAAAUCAUCCCCGGAGGUGGAGCCAGAAGCGUCCUGAGUGAAGACAUUGGAGCAAAACAAUCAUAUCUCAGAUAUGUCCUCCACCAAUAUAAUAAAAGGAAAUACUAAAACCUG